UGUGUGUGUGUGGUGUGUGUGUGUGUGUGUGUGUGUGUGUGUGUGUGUGUGUACACCAUGUCUAAAGGUCCGCUGCUCCGCUCGUUGGUGGAACAGAGGAUCAGUUUGGCCGCAGCAGAAAUAUUUGGACUGUUUGAAAGGACCAUAGCAGAGUACGAGGAGGAGCUGAGGAGGUCCAAAGAGGAGAACCAACUGAACCACAAACUACUGGAGGAGCUGAGGAGGUCCAAAGAGGAGAACCAACGGAGCCACAAACUACUGGAGGCGGUUUGGAACCCGGACGUCCUGGGACACACAACAGAUGUUCAGCUUCUGUUGGUGGCCCAAGACCAGAGUCCAAGUCUGGACCCAGAACCGGACCCAAACCCCCCCCACAUCAAACAGGAACAGGAGGCUGAGGUCACCAGGGGGGCCACGCCCACUCCUGUCCCCGUGAAAAGUGAAAGCGAUGAGGAGGAAGUUCACCACAGACCGGAACCACAUGGACCAGAUGCAGGGCCAGACCUGAACCCAGUCUACGUACGAGACUUAAACUGUAGACCUGAACCGGACUCUGACACAAACGGACCCAGGUCCAUAAAAGCUGAGUCUCCUGUGGUGAGAAGACAGGUAGGACAGAAGUCCACGGUCCACCGAUGUCCUGAAUGUGGACAAACAUUUGGCUUCAAGUCCAGUCUGAAGACACAUGAAGGUUCACGCCAAAGAGACACCAUUCAGUUGUCCCGACUACGGUAA